UGGACUGUGCCGGCCGGCCGGGCACUGCCAUGCAUCCCAUAGAGGUAGGUCUGGUUCCCGCUCCAGCGAGGGAGCCGAGACUGACCCGCUGGCUGCGGAGAGGCAGUGGGAUCUUGGCGCACCUGAUAGCUUUGGGCUUCACCAUCUUUCUGACUGUGCUGUCCCGGCCCGGAACCAGUCUUUUCUCCUGGCACCCUGUGUUCAUGGCCUUGGCGUUCUGUCUCUGCAUGGCUGAAGCUAUUCUACUCUUCUCACCUGAGCACUCCCUGUUUUUCUUCUGCUCUCGAAAGACCCGGAUUCGACUCCACUGGGCAGGGCAGACCAUGGCCAUCCUCUGUGCUGUCCUAGGCUUGGGCUUCAUCAUUUCCAGCAAGAUUCGAAGUGAGCUGUCCCAUUUGGUGUCCUGGCACAGCUGGAUAGGAGCCCUGACACUGUUGGCCACUGGGGGACAGGCACUGUGUGGGCUGGGCCUCCUCUGUCCACGAGCAGCCCGGGUCUCAAGGGUGGCUCGCCUCAAGCUCUACCAUCUGACGUGUGGCCUGGUUGUCUACCUGAUGGCUACAGUAACCGUGCUUUUGGGCAUGUACUCAGUUUGGUUCCAGGCCCAGAUCAAAGGUGCAGCCUGGUACCUGUGUCUGGUACUACCAUUGUACCCAGCCCUGGUGAUCAUGCACCAGAUCUCCAGCUCCUACUUGCCAAGGAAGAAAGUGGAUAUAUGAAUGCCUCCAAACUCUGAAUCUAGGUGGGAUUCUUACCUUGGAGUUUAACAGUUCCUUGGUGAUCGUCACAGGACCCACUGCAGAAGUAGAUGAAUUUUUGCACUUGAUGGCUAAGCCACAGCGUGCAGAAACCCUAGCUGCUACUGUUGAGGCAUGAUCCAGUAGGCUCAAAUUGGGAAAUGUCCUACUGUGUGCAAGUGGAAGGUUAUGGAGAACCUGAAGCCUCACUCUUGACGGGAGACAGAAGUAUUAGGUGGUGGUGGUGGUGGUAAUGGUGGUGAUUUCUUGCUUGUGUGCCUGUUGAAGAGUUCUUGUAGGUUAUGAAUGCCAGCCAAAAUACUGGGGUCCCUGUUGAGAAAGCAGUGCUAUGGAGAGCCCGUGAUCUCUUAGGCAGUGCUGUACAAUCAACCUUAGACAAGUUCCAUAUCUCAGGACUUCCAUUUCCGCACCUGAAAGUCCCUUAUCGUUAACACUGGUGUCUUGACAGAUUGAUGUCGCUGAUAGCUCUGGACCAUGUGGGCAGCUCAGGAUGCAAUUCUUUCAGCCAUUCUCCCUUUACUCCCCUGG